GUGCAAUUUCAAAAGAUCAUCCAAUUGUGAGAAAAUCUACAAUUUUUGAAGCAAAUUGUUUUUGUCAGCCGAAUGCAGGGAAAUAUUUUGUAGCGACAAACAAUCUCAUUAUCGAUAUUACGAAAUCCGCUCAACGCAGACGACCAUGACGGGAUUCUUGUUCAAAGCAGAACGGAAGAUGGCGUAUUUCAAUCUGAUAACGCUAUGUCUGUUGGCGACCAUGGCCACAAUUUCGGCCGAAGAUUACAUACGACGAAUAGAGCCGAAGGCGACCGAACCAAUCCACCAAUGCCAAUUCGAAGGACAGUACAUCCGGGACGUUAAGAACCUGUGCAUGUUUUACCAGUGUGAAAAUGCGGAUAAUGACGGCGGAUUGCGUCCGGCCACUCACGCAUGCGCACCAGGCACCGGAGUGGCAUCCGAUUACCUGGAUCCGGUCCCCCAUUUCAGCAUCAGUAUUCAAGGGUUGAACCCGUGCGUUGUAAGGAGGAAAACUGAUUGUGAAGACACGACGCCCACCUCCCAGUGGAAUCAGUGGACGCAGUGGAGCGCAUGCUCAGCGUCUUGCAAUGGCGGAAGUCAGACACGCACGCGCACGUGCCCCGACAACACGUGCGUUGGGCGUGACCGCAACAGCAGGGCAUGCAAUACAGGGGACUGUGCUGAAUGGAACACAUGGAAUCCGUGGUCCGGAUGCUCGGCAUCCUGUGGUGAGGGGAAGCAGACCAGGAGAAGGACCUGUGAUCCGGGGGAAGUGGGCCAGUGCGCAGGCUCAGCAGAGGAAACGAGAUCCUGUUCUAAAGGAGAUUGCGCCUCGUGGACAGCCUGGACCUCAUGGACCUCGUGCUCAGCAACAUGUGGUCAAGGGUCAUCGUCACGGACACGGCAGUGCGUUGGUCUGGGGGACUGCCCAGGGUCCAGCAGUGAGGUCAAGCCUUGUAAUAACGGACCAUGUGCGUCGUGGUCAGCGUGGACAUCGUGGAGCACGUGUUCAGCGUCGUGUGGUCAAGGGUCCAGCAGCCGAACGCGGCAGUGCCAGGGGAUAGGCACAUGUCCAGGACUGGCCGAAGAAGUUCGCACGUGCAAUAACGGAGUGUGUGCCGGAUGGUCUGCCUGGACAUCGUGGAGCAGUUGUUCAGCAUCCUGUGGUCAGGGAGCAGUCAGUAGAACUCGCCAGUGUCAGGGCAUAGGAAACUGUCCUGGCGUGGCCAGGGAAAGCAGGGAUUGUAAUAUCGGACCCUGUGCGUCCUGGGCGGCGUGGACGACGUGGGGUAGCUGCUCUCGUACAUGUAACGAGGGCACUAGUAGACGCACGCGCCAGUGCGUUGGUGUAGGAACAUGUCCAGGACCACAGCUUGAAGACAGGGCAUGUAAUAACGGUCCCUGUGCUUCUCUGACUGCCUGGUCCACUUGGAGCGCGUGUUCUGCCUCGUGUAACCAGGGCGUCAGCACCCGCGUGCGCGAAUGCACGGGACUUGGAGCGUGCACAGGAGCACUUUCCGAGAACAGGGAAUGUUCAAAUGGGCCAUGUGCGUCUUGGUCAUCAUGGACGGCGUUCAGUGAGUGUUCUGUGUUCUGUGGUCCGGGCAGAAGCAGCCGUACCAGGGAGUGUAUCGGGAUAGGACUGUGCCCAGGGCUCAAUAGGGAAGAGAGGGACUGUAACAACGGAGCUUGUGCUGGUUGGUCAGCCUGGACAUCGUGGUCAAGCUGUUCAGCGUCCUGUGGUCAAGGCAGCACUGGACGUACUCGUAUAUGUUCUGGACUUGGAGAGUGUCCGGGACCAGCAAGUGAAACGAAACAGUGCAGCAACGGACCUUGUGCCGCGUGGGCCGCCUGGACAUCAUGGAGUAGUUGCUCUCAGUCUUGUAAUGAAGGCACUAGUAGACGUAGAAGACAGUGUGAAGGUAUAGGUACAUGUCCAGGAAAGGAACUGGAGGACAGGGCAUGUAAUAAUGGACCAUGUGCCUCCUGGUCAGCCUGGACGUCGUGGUCAAGCUGUUCAGCGUCCUGUGGUCAAGGUACCUCUGGACGUACUCGUGUAUGUUCUGGACUGGGAGAGUGUCCGGGAUCUGCGAACGAAAACAGACCCUGCAGCAACGGGCCUUGUGCAUCGUGGUCGGCGUGGUCGGCAUUUGGAAGCUGUUCAGUGUCGUGUGGUCCUGGCAGUAGCAGGAGAACAAGAGAAUGUAUUGGAAUAGGAUUCUGCCCUGGAGAUGAGUUCGAAGUCAGAGCCUGCAAUGACGGCGCUUGUGCCGGAUGGUCAGCCUGGACGUCGUGGUCAAGCUGUUCAGCGUCCUGUGGUCAAGGCAGCACUGGACGUACUCGUGUAUGUUCUGGACUUGGAGAGUGUCCGGGACCGGCUAGGGAGACGAAACAGUGCAGCAACGGGCCUUGUGCGUCUUGGUCUGCCUGGACAGCGUUUAGCGCAUGCUCACUAACUUGUGGACAAGGUACAAGCAGAAGAACACGGCAGUGUAUCGGUAUAGGAACAUGUCCGGGAACUGGGAUUGAAGAUCAGGCCUGUAAUAACGGACCUUGUGCUGGUUGGUCGGCCUGGACAUCGUGGUCAAGUUGUUCAGCGUCCUGUGGUCAAGGCAGCACUGGACGUACUCGUGUAUGUUCUGGACUUGGAGAGUGUCCGGGAGCAGCAAGUGAGACCAAACAGUGCAGUAAUGGACCUUGUGCAUCUUGGUCAGCGUGGACGGCAUUUGGAAGCUGUUCAGUGUCGUGUGGUCCUGGCAGUAGCAGGAGAACAAGAGAAUGUAUUGGAAUAGGAUUCUGCCCUGGAGAUGAAUUCGAAGUCAGAGCCUGCAACGACGGAGCUUGUGCUGGUUGGUCAGCCUGGACAUCUUGGUCAAGCUGUUCAGCGUCCUGUGGUCAAGGCAGCACUGGACGUACUCGUGUAUGUUCUGGACUUGGAGAGUGUCCAGGAGCAGCUAGUGAACUCAAACAGUGCAGUAAUGGACCUUGUGCCUCUUGGGCCCCGUGGUCAGGGUUUAGCGCUUGCUCACUAACUUGUGGUCAAGGUACCAGCAGAAGAACACGGCAGUGUAUCGGUAUAGGAACAUGUCCUGGAGCUCAAUUUGAAGAUCAGGCCUGUAAUAACGGACCUUGUGCCUCCUGGUCAGCCUGGACGUCGUGGUCAAGCUGUUCAGCGUCCUGUGGUCAAGGUACCUCUGGACGUACUCGUGUAUGUUCUGGACUUGGAGAGUGUCCUGGAACAGCAAAUGAAAAUAGACCCUGCAGCAACGGGCCUUGCGCCUCUUUAACCGCCUGGUCCACUUGGAGCGCGUGUUCAGCCUCGUGUAACCAGGGUGUCAGCACGCGCGUGCGCGAAUGCACGGGACUGGGCACGUGCACAGGUGCUCUGUCUGAAAACAGACAAUGUUCUAAUGGACCGUGUGCUUCGUGGUCGGCGUGGACGUCUUGGAGUGACUGUUCUAACUACUGUGGCCCAGGAAAGAGCAGUCGUACCAGGCAGUGUACUGGGAUAGGAACAUGUCCUGGCUCAGGGAGAGAGGAGAGAGAUUGUAAUAAUGGAGCGUGCGGAGCCUGGACAGCCUGGACAUCGUGGUCAAGUUGUUCAGCGUCCUGUGGUCAAGGCAGCACUGGUCGUACUCGUGUAUGUUCUGGACUUGGAGAGUGUCCGGGACCGGCAAGUGAAACCAAACAGUGCAGUAACGGACCUUGUGCGUCUUGGUCAGCAUGGACAGAGUUUGGUAGCUGUUCAGUGUCGUGUGGUCAAGGGGUCAGUCUGAGGACCAGACAAUGUGAGGGUAUAGGCACGUGUCCUGGACUGGGGCAAGAAGGGCGUACCUGUAACAAUGGCGCCUGUGCCUUGUGGUCAGCUUGGACGUCGUGGUCAAGCUGUUCAGCGUCUUGUGGUCAAGGUAGUUCUGGAAGAAGCCGAGUAUGCUCCGGACUUGGAGAGUGUCCGGGUUCAGCCACUGAAAACAGACCUUGUAGCAAUGGACCUUGUGCCUCAUGGACAGCUUGGACAGGAUUCAGUGCCUGCUCUCUGACCUGUGGUCAAGGCAGUAGUAGACGAACACGGCAGUGUAUUGGUAUAGGAACAUGUCCAGGGGCAGAAUUUGAGGAUAAGACCUGUAACAAUGGGCCUUGUGCCGCCUGGUCUGCCUGGACAUCGUGGAGCAGUUGUUCAGCGUCCUGUGGUCAAGGCAGGACUGGACGUACUCGUGUAUGUUCUGGACUUGGAGAGUGUCCGGGAGCAGCAAGUGAGACCAAACAGUGCAGUAACGGGCCUUGUGCGUCUUGGUCUGCCUGGACAGCGUUCAGCGCUUGCUCACUAACUUGUGGUCAAGGUACCAGCAGAAGAACACGACAGUGUAUCGGUAUAGGAACAUGUCCGGGAGCUCAAUUUGAAGAUCAGACCUGUAACAACGGACCUUGUGCUGGUUGGUCAGCCUGGACGUCGUGGUCGAGCUGUUCAGCGUCCUGUGGUCAAGGUUCCUCUGUCCGUACUCGUGUAUGUUCUGGACUGGGAGAGUGUCCAGGACUGGCAAGAGAAACCAGGCUGUGUACUAACGGCCCGUGUGCGUCUUGGUCAGCUUGGACAGCGUUUGGAAGCUGUUCGGUCACGUGCGGCCCUGGGCGUAGCAGACGUACCAGACAGUGCACUGGUAUUGGUCAGUGUCCAGGGGAUGGAGUUGAAGACCGGGCCUGUAAUAACGGAGCUUGUGGCGCCUGGUCAGCCUGGACAUCGUGGUCAAGCUGCUCAGCGUCCUGUGGUCAAGGCAGCACUGGACGUACUCGUGUAUGUUCUGGACUUGGAGAGUGUCCAGGAGCAGCUCGCGAGACCAAACAGUGCAGUAAUGGACCUUGUGCGUCUUGGUCUGCAUGGACAGCAUUUGGCGCUUGCUCAUUAACUUGUGGUCAAGGUACCAGCAGAAGAACACGGCAGUGUAUCGGUAUAGGAACAUGUCCGGGAGCUCAGUUUGAAGAUCAGACCUGUAAUAACGGACCUUGUGCCGGAUGGUCAGCCUGGACAUCGUGGAGCAGCUGUUCAGCGUCCUGUGGUCAAGGCAGCACUGGACGUACUCGUGUAUGUUCUGGACUUGGAGAGUGUCCAGGAGCAGCAAGUGAACUCAAACAGUGCAGUAACGGACCUUGUGCGUCUUGGUCUGCUUGGACAGCGUUCGGAGCUUGCUCAUUAACUUGUGGUCAAGGUACCAGCAGAAGAAAACGGCAGUGUAUCGGUAUAGGAACAUGUCCAGGAGCUGGGGUUGAGGAUCAAGCCUGUAAUAACGGACCUUGUGCCGGAUGGUCGGCCUGGACAUCGUGGUCAAGCUGUUCAGCGUCUUGUGGUCAAGGCAGCACUGGACGUACUCGUGUAUGUUCUGGACUUGGAGAGUGUCCAGGAGCAGCAAAUGAAAACAAACCUUGUAGCAACGGACCCUGUGCGUCUUGGUCUGCGUGGACAGCGUUUAGCGCAUGCUCACUAACUUGUGGUCAAGGUAUCAGCAGAAGAACACGGCAGUGUAUCGGUAUAGGAACAUGUCCGGGAGCUCAAUUUGAAGACCAGGCCUGUAACAACGGACCUUGUGCUGGAUGGUCGGCCUGGACAUCGUGGAGCAGUUGUUCAGCGUCCUGUGGUCAAGGCAGCACUGGACGUACUCGUGUAUGUUCUGGACUUGGAGAGUGUCCAGGACCAGCAAGUGAAACCAAACAGUGCAGCAACGGACCUUGUGCUACAUGGUCGGCCUGGACAUCGUGGAGCAGUUGUUCAGCAUCCUGUGGUCAGGGAGCAGUCAGCAGAACACGCCAGUGUCAGGGCAUAGGUAACUGUCCUGGCGUGGCCAGGGAAAGCAGGGAUUGUAAUAUCGGACCCUGUGCCAUGUGGACGGCGUGGUCAGAGUUUGGCGCAUGCUCAGCUCCUUGUGGUCAAGGGUCCAGUAUACGGACACGUCAAUGUCAAGGCUUAGGGACGUGUCCAGGAGGAGCAGUUGAAGCACGGGACUGCAACAACGGACCUUGUGCGUCGUGGGGAGCCUGGACGGCGUGGUCCAGCUGUUCAGCCACCUGUGAUCAGGGUACGCAGAGGAGGUCACGUGACUGCUCGGGACUGGGCGUCUGCGAGGGCUCUGGCACAGAGACUCAAGCGUGCACAGUCGGACCAUGUGCUACCUGGGGAGAGUGGAGUGCGUGGAGUAGCUGUUCAACGACAUGUGGUACGGGAACACACACCCGAACACGGUCUUGUGAAGGUUUAUUGAUGUUUGGAGAAUGCACGGGGAUGGCGAUACAGGACGAGGAUUGCAGUGUUGGGCCUUGUGCUUCGUGGACGGAGUGGUCGUCGUGGAGCAGCUGCUCGGCCUCGUGUGGGGAGCAAGGGGCCAGCAUCAGGAACCGUCGCUGUGAAGGCUUAGGACGGUGUUUCGGCAGACCGAGCGAGGGUCGCUUCUGUAAUAACGGACCUUGUGCCCAGUGGUCAGAAUGGUCAGGGUGGAGUGCCUGCUCCACGUCAUGCGGUGACGGGUUAGAGUCACGCACGCGCACGUGCUCUGGGUAUGGUACGUGUCCAGGGCUGGGCCAGAUGGACAGAGCCUGUAACAACGGUGCCUGUGCCACCUAUGGACCGUGGUCGGAGUGGUCUCCCUGUACACAGACAUGUGGCAGUGGUGGCACACAGCAGAGAGGACGGCUAUGUUACGGUGUAGGGGAGUGUCUGGAACCCACGGUGGAAACACAGUCCUGCAACACUGAUAGACCCUGUCCCGAAUGGUCGCCAUGGGGACCGUGGAGCCCGUGCCCAGUCACGUGUGGUAACAGCACGGUCACGCGACUGAGGUCGUGUCUUCACGGGGGAGCCGAGGGAGUCGACUGUCCUGGCUACAGUUUCUCCUACAAACCAUGCAUUGAGAAAGAUUGUUACGUGUACACGGCCUGGGUCAACCUAGACCACCCGUUCACCCAGGGGACCACGGGCCCCGGGGAUCAGACGAAUCCCGUGGGGGCCGGGGACUACGAGGUGUAUCAGAACGCGACCUCCCGCUGCGGAGGCCGGCCAGUUCGAGGGCCAGAAUGUCGAGACUCGGUGAGCAAGAAGAACUGGAAUGAAGUGGGUAUACCGAACACGACCGACAUCUUCCCUCUACAGUGUAACUUCAGGGGUGAUCUGCCGUUCGGUAUAAUAUGCCUCAACGAACCUUCCAUACGGGCCACGGGCAGGGCCUGUCCCGAUUUUGAGGUCCGAAUUAAGUGCCUGAAUGUGUAGGGCCAAUGGGGCCUGGUUAACGUUCCUACCCCCUCCAAGGAAGAGGGAAGGGGGGGGGGGGACGUUGACCAGGGCGAGUUUUCAUGUGAUUUUAUUUGUUAUCUGAAAAAGUGGGCGUUUCCAGCACCUGCCGAUUAUUUUAAAAUGGGCGUGGUUGCAAUCAUUUCCCAAUAAUAAUAAAAGUGGGCGUGACCACUAAGUUUAAUCUCCAAUUUUAAGUCAGAGAUUUACUUGAGGAAUUAUCUCCAGAAAAAUAUCGACUCACAUUUGUCAUUUAGGCUGCUUGCUCCUUCGUGUACGUUUCUAUCAAAUGUCUGAAAAGACUUGAAAUAUUACAGUUAUCAUCUCUAAGUAAUAAGACGUAUUUAAAGAUGGGCAUGGCACUUUUUCACAGCCAUGUCAAUGUCUUUCCGAAGCGGGCAAGCUGUCUUUAUCAGAGUUCCAAUUAUAGAGUACGAGUCGGGAAGUAUUCGGUUAAUUUGAGACCACCUUUAGUCUGAGGAAAAGUCUCUCUCCUAUAUCGUAUUUUAUACUGUUUGGUCUUGGCUGAUAUAUACUCGUUCAGACCAUUAUAAAGUUUAAUUUGUCUAGAUCCAAGACUAAGCUAAGAUUCAGUGCGUGUCAUCACUGACGUCAUGCAAGACUAAAAUACAAUGUGUGUGGGUGGUUGGAUGUGAUCACCUCAGAGUUCAGUUCAUUUUUGGAAGUUACGACAUUCUAACGAGUCUUAAAGCGUAAUAACAGUAUACUCCGCAUAACUCAGCAGCUUUCAACUCGAUUUAUCGCCAUCUUGAACAAACUUUGUUUAAGUCCGUUUUCUUUUUUGCUCCAAGCUGAAACUUGUGAUCAGCUCGAAGGUUUGUCGAACAUAUUUUCGGAUCCUUAAGUGUGGGAGUUAUGCAGAAUCUACUGUUACAGUAUAAGAAAUGCAACAAAUUGAGCUUCGUGCUUCAUUCUUGCCAGUGCCGAGUCCAUGCACACUAAAGGUGAAAGUUCGGCUACAUAUGUUUAAAUCUGAAAUUCAUCCUACAUCCAGUGUGCGCCAGUUCUGAAGCUUGGAUUAUAAUGUGCGACUUAUGUCAGCAUAUCACUGGCAAUGGUGAGCGCAGACAAAACUUUUCAUGUUUCAUAUUUUCAAGACUCUACCAUAGAAUAGGCCGACUAUUUAUCAUUUUAGUGUAAAAAUUAUUUUAGAAAUCCGUCUGUCUCAGGAGAAGAGUAGUAGUGUAUAUUUCAGUAGUACAUAUUCCAAGAUUUACUUCGUAUGGUCCCGAAUGUUUUUAUCGAAUAAUUGUGUAAAAAUAAUUGUUUUAAAAAGCACCAUGUAGAAAUCAGCUGAUAUUUCUUAAAUAAGGAGAAUCUAUACUGAACUAUUAUCAAUCACAUGUUAAUCAGCGAAAACCUUUAUUUUUGUUGUAUAUCAAAUAUUUUGUCUCUCACGCGGCUGUCAGUAUGAGGACUUGUAAUAUCAGAGGUGUAUCAUUUAGAGCGGCUCUCCUUUAGAGAAGGAAUACUUUUUGAUUUUGUUCAUUAAUUGUUAAAUAUUCAUUUUUUUCUUUUAAGUGGGAUGUGGGGGCCAGGGGUAUUUAUGAUAAUGUCUCAUUCUUCAUAUAAUUUAUGAAAAAUAGAUGUAUGAAUUAAGUUUUA